AUGGUCCAUGAACUCAUUGAUCCUCUCCUGAAAACUUGGAAAAAAGAUGUGGUAAAUAGGUGUUUUGUACCGGAAGAGGCCACCCACAUUUUAAGUAUCCCUAUCAGCCGGUGGGGCUGUCCAGACAAGCUAAUUUGGCAUUUCAACAUGCAUGGACGGUACACUGUUCGGUCCGGUUAUGAAUUAGCGCUACACCUACAACGGAAUGGUGAAUUGGGGCGUAAGGGAGCGGGUGAAGCCAGCAGUAGCUCAUCUCAAUCUUCAGUUUGGAAAUCAGUUUGGCAUGUUGAUGCACCUCCCAAGCUCAAAGCCUUCAUUUGGUGUGGUUGCUCCAACAUUCUUGCAGUGAGGCACAAUUUGCACAGGCGGCGUGUACCGUGUACCGGGGAAUGUGGCUUUUGUGGCUUUCAGGAUGAAACUCAGGCUCAUAUUUUUUUCGAAUGUGACUUUGCCCGUGCCUUCUGGUUUGCCAGCCCUCUUCAACUUGACGUGAGUAAGUUAGCGGGUGAGGAUUUUAUUUCUACUUGGCAACAUAUGAUGACAACGCUCAACUCAUCUGAGCAUGCGGCGGAGGCUAUUCAGUGGUUUGUUUUUGGGCUGUGGCGAAUCUGGAAAGCCAGGAAUUUAGCGGUCUUUGAUGGUGUGCAGGCUGACCCUACUGAGGUUGUUCUCCUUCUGCUCAAGCAGGUUAGUGAAUUCCGUACUGCUAAACAUGACCUCCAGGACCUCCAGCCCCAGCCUCUCCAACCUGCCAGCAGUCCUGCUCCCCUGAGCUGGUGUAAACCUUCGCUCGGUCUUCUUAAAGUAAACUGUGAUGCCGCAUGGUCUGCUCAGCGGAUGGGUGGGGGUGUUGGCUGGGUCAUACGGGAUUCUUUUGGUUUAUUGCUAUGUGCGGGUGGACAGGGAGACCUUCAUGGUUCCUCCGCUAUUAUGAUGGAACUUCUAGCUAUUCGCCAUGCGCUCAGUGAGUGUGCUAAUUUUCAUCUCACAGACAUUAUUGUGGAGUCGGAUUCUCAAAAGGGUAUCUUAAUGCUUAAUGGUCGGGCUACAGUGGACUCAGACUUGGAGGGGAUUGUCUUUGAUAUCAGGCAGUUGGUGGCUUCUCUUUCUCGGGUUUCCUUUGUGUUUGCUCCUCGGUCCUGUAACCAGGCUGCCCAUUCUGUUGCGGGUUUUGCCUCUAAGCAGGGGGGUAAUCAUGUUUGGGAUCAUCUAGGACCUGAUUGGCUUUUUAAUUUUCUUACCUCUGAUGUAAACCUUCACCUUCGUUAUUAA